ACAAUGAAGGUUCUCUGGGUUUUUCCACUUCUGGUGGCUGCGGUCUCGGCCCAAUUCGGUUUUGGAGGCGGACGAGGAGGCGGACUAGGAGGAGGACUGGGAGGAGGACUUGGAGGAGGUCUUGGUGGAGGUCUUAGUAACCUGGCCAGCAAUGCUGCCAAUCAGUUCCAGAGUGCUGCCAGCAAUAUCGCCAGUGUUGUGCCCAAGGUGCCUCUGCUGUCGAAUGUCCAGAGCUUCGGUGACUUCUUGUCGCAAUCCGGAAAGACCUACCUCAAUGCCGCCGAUCAGGCUCUGCACGAGGGAGCCUUUGCGGCCACCAAGAACCUGGUGGAUGCCGGAAACGAGGCCUUUGCCCGGGGAACAGCUACUUUCAAGCAGGCCGUGAAUGCCUUCGCCGAUCUGACCCACGCCGAGUUCCUGCAGCAGUUGACGGGUCUAAAGAGGAAUCCCGCUGCUAAAGCCCGUGCUGCCGCCAGUCAAAGGGAGGUCGCCCUGCAGCCUGGUCCCGUUCCGGAUGCCUUCGAUUGGCGCGAGCACGGAGGUGUCACCCAUGUGCGGUUCCAGGGAACCUGCGGAUCCUGCUGGGCCCAUGCCACCGUCGGCGCCAUCGAGGGUCACACCUUCCGCAAGACCGGCAACCUGCCCACUCUCUCCGAGCAAAAUCUGGUGGACUGCGGUCCCUCCGAGGACUUUGCCCUGAACGGUUGCGAUGGUGGCUUCCAGGAGGCCGCCUUCUGCUUCCUCGAUGAGCAGCAGAAGGGCGUGUCGCAACUGGGUGCCUAUCCCUAUGUGGACAAGCAGGAGAACUGCAAGUUCGACAUCAGCCAGUCGGGAGCCCACUUGGAAGGAUUCGGUGUGGUGAAGCCCGGAGACGAGGAGGAGAUGAAGAAGGUGAUUGCCACCCUGGGACCGUUGGCCUGUUCGGUGAAUGGCUUGGAAACGCUGAAGUCCUACGACGGUGGCAUCUACAACGACGAUGAGUGCAACCAGGGCGAGCCCAACCACGCCAUUCUGGUCGUGGGCUAUGGAUCGGAGAACGGACAGGAUUACUGGAUCAUCAAGAACUCGUGGGACGACACCUGGGGAGAGAAGGGCUACUUCCGCCUGCCCCGUGGCAAGAACUACUGUUUCAUCGCCGAUGAGUGCUCCUAUCCAAUUGUUUAGGGGGCAAAUGUACUGCACAAUGCAAUUAGACUUGAAAAGCGUUAAUAAAACAAAAUAGAUUUAAAAAAAAUUAAUAAUAUUAUGGGGUCU